AUGUGUUUGUGGAAGUUGCUGUUUCUCGGGUGGAUGCGGCCUAACUCUUCGGACUCAGAUGGUUGCAAAGGAGGAGGAGAUCUGCAUAGACAGCACCACACAUCGUCGUCAGAUGACGAUAUGUCCGAUAGUGGGAUUUCUAGCGGUGAGUUCAGUCUGGAAAACGUGUGCGAAGACUCGUGUAACCCCUGCUCAGUUCCACAGCCCUCUCCCCCGGCUCCAGCUCCCCCGGCUACAGCUCCCACGGCUCUAGUUUUUCCGGUUCACUCAGCUCAUAACGAUAACAGGCAAGUCAAUGUUGUUAUAUAUUAUUAUUCCGGAAUAUGCGUUUCACCAAUUAAAUAA